GUGACCUUUGUGACGGGAAAAGGCAAUCCGAGGCGGCCCAUAUACCUGACGGCGAUCAAGGAAGGGGGCCCCAGUUCCCAGCGCUCCUCCUGGCUUCCCUCGACCUGGAGCCCCAGCACGUGAGUUAGCUUCGCAUCCCGCCCACCACUCCUCCUAUAUUAUGGUUCUCUUCUUAUUCCUUUUCCUUCUUCAUUGUUGUCUUCUGUCUUGUUAUCUUCUUGCAGCACCCAGCCUGCUGAUCCAGACUGACGUGGAACUUAGGAUCUCCACCCUGGCCCUAGGCAGCAUGCUGGCGGGCUCCUGGUAUAUCUGGGAGGCCGGACGCGACUAUAUGGUUGCGGCUGAGGCGGACAAAUACGAGCCGCGGUUGCUGGGAACACAUCGGGAGGGCAAGGUGAACCGGGAUUAUGUGAAUUAUGAGCGGUGGGUUGAGGAGAAGCACGGGAAUAAGAAGUAAUGAGGUGCACGGGUUAUCCUGGUUCUGGUCAGUUUGCUUAAUUACGCGUCGGCUAUAGGAGAAGGUAAGUAUGAUAGGG